AAAAAAGGAGGUUGAAUACCUAAAUACUUUUUCAACUAAAGAUGAUAGAGGAACUAAGAAUAUAUUGUUUCCAUGGCGAGAUAUAUUCACAUCAUCUGCUGUUUGGGCGAUUAUUAUUGGCUACUUUGCAUACGAAUUUGCAUAUUAUGUCAUUAUUACUGAAGCACCGACUUUCAUAUAUAGCAUCUUAGGAGCUGAUGUAAAAACAACUGGUUUGUUGGUAUCAGUUACAAAUAUUGUACGCUUUCCCUUCGUCAUGCUGUCCGGGGUGUGUGCUGAUUAUAUCAUUCAUUGUAGGUACUUAAGUGUUGCGAAUACAAGGAAGUUGUUCGUAAUUCUAAAUAUUGGCGUGACGGGUGUCUGUUUUGUUGUUCUAGCUUACGCUGGUGACAAUAUUGUGACAUUCAUGAUUUUUCUGACGAUUGCCUUUUGUGCGCUUGGGUUCAAUGGAGCAAGUAUUUUACCGAACCCAAUGGACAUAUCAAAAACAUAUUCAGGAAUAAUUGUAGGAAUGAUGGUUACUACAGGCGGAUGUGCUGGAUUUAUCGGCCCACUAAUUCUUGCUCUAAUAAUAGAGAAUGACAAUACAUUUGAACGAUGGUCUUCGAUGUUCAUGAUAACUGCUGCAGUUGAAUUCUUUGGGAUGGUGUUCUUUCUAAUAUUUGCUAAAGGACAGAAACAAGAGUGGUCAGAAAUUGACACAAGACAAAAUGAAGAGAUGAGAGCCCUAGUUAAUAAAUAAGUGAUGAUGAUAAUUUUACGAUGUUGAGCUAGAGUUACUAUCCUAUAUUAUUUCAAAAUUGAGUUGGUGUGUAAAAUUAAUAAUAGUAAGGCAUUGCAGUCUAGUUCACGGGAAUAUUACGCCAUGAUAAUUCAUAAUUAAUAAUUCAUAUUUUUAUCAAUUUUAACUGCUUCACAAUGAAUGGAAUCUUACAAUGAGGUAAUGUGCAAAUAUUAAAAAACAACAAGAUGAUUAAUUAAGUGGCGUUGUGCAUCGUGACGUGUUAGGUUUGUCAUAUUUCGUUAAAAUGUAUAGUCCACCAUUGUGUGUUCUUUAGAAAUUGGUAACAAUGUGAUGUUGAAAAUAGAGACAAAAGGGGUUCAUUAAAUGACGUGGUAUUUAUUUCUGGCCUAGACUUUUAGUCCAACAAAGGAAUCUUCUCGACCAUUAAAAUAAUGAGGGUAUUCAAUGCAUAGUUACCAACCUGAGAGAUUUG